GUAAUCAAUCAAUGUUCCGUACGAUAGUUCGUGGUGCCAGAGGUUCCCCUGAGCCCCCGUGUUAUCGGCUCCUACACCAGCAUCUUUACCUGACGUGGGGCGGGCGGCGCUUAUCAUACGAAGCGUGUGUGGGGACAGAUGUGGAUGGCAGUAAUGUGAAUGGUGCUCUGGCCUGAUCUGCUACUGACUUUCCACUUUACCUUCUGGGAAGCACUGCACUUCCUUCAGGCUCCUUAUUAAGUGCUAUCCCCUGUUGGGUCAGGAUGGAGAUACCUGUAACCAAACCUGCCAAAAGAGUUGUUGGUUAUUGGUUCAAUGAGAAGAAAUGUCAGAAGUUCAGAUUGGCAGAGUUGCAGGCUGAAUGCAAACGGCGGGGCAUUGAACUUGUAAAGCUUGAUUUAAGCCGCCCCAUCGAAGAUCAAGGUCCCUUUGACCUCAUGCUGCACAAGCUGACUGCUCUCUAUGCCCAAGCUCUCAACAAUGACCCGAAGGCUCUCCUUGCAAUCAAGAGGGUUGAAAAGUACAUUAGUGAACAUCCUAAAACCUUCAUAAUGGAUCCCAUUCCUGGUGUGUGUCAGCUUCUCCAAAGGGACCAGACUUACCAUCUUCUGCAGCAGUGCACCAAGGAGGAUGAUAAAGUUUUCACUCCUACUUACGCCAAGCUGACAACCACAGAUAUUCAGUUAAACAAAAAAUUGCUUGCUGAAGCCAGUGUAACUUUCCCUAUGGUUUGUAAGCCGGUUACUGGAGGUGGGACUAAGGAAGCCCAUGAGAUGGAUGUGGUAUUUAAUGAGGCUGGCAUUGCUGAGUGCACUUUGCCUUGCAUUGCCCAGUCUUUUAUCAACCAUGGAGCAGUUCUGUACAAAUUGUUUGUAUUGGGACCUGUUUGGUUUGUGGUGGUUCGUCCAUCAUUGAAAAACUUCUAUGCAGGAGUUGAUGGUUGCUAUGGUAUUAACAAGCUUGCAGAGCAAGAGACCGUUCACUUCAACUCGCAUCAUGUGUCGAAAGAAAAUUCACAGUCCCCCCUGAACCAGUUGGACCCAGGUGAUGAGAAGGAAGAUCUGCCAAAAGCAGACCCAGCUGUGUUUAACAGGAUUGUGACCGUUCUUCGUGAUGCACUGAAAAUGGAUCUUCUAGGUAUAGAUGUUGUUAUUGAGAGCAGUACUGGCAGAUAUGGCAUUAUUGAUGUUAAUGCAUUCCCAAGUUAUGAUUCAGUGCCUAACUUAAUGAAGCACUUGGUGGACCUCUUAAUCAUGAGAAUGGAGCCAGUUUCAAGGAUACCUGAAAAUAGCCAAACAUCAGGUCUUCUUGCAUCACCAGAAUUACCUCAGGAAGAUUCUGGUGUCGAUACAGGAUAGUGAAGUGUGCGAAAGUUUUGUCUCUAGUCAGAAAUUUCCUCGGUAGUGAGUUCUCAACAUUCCUCUCCUUGUGUGGGAUUAAGCAGUCGACUAAAAAGCGAUUAUGAUUAUUUUCGUUAUGUCUACUUCUUGUGUAGGAAUUGUUGCUCAAUGUAUUUCUAAGAUAAUCAAAGUAGAUUUUGUGAAGAAGUUAUUUUCUUAGAAUCUUUUAGUCUAAGUCAUAGAAAGUAAAGGAUUAAUGGCAAAGUAAUUAACUGCAAAAAGUGAUCAAACUAAAGAUUUCACUUUUUAUUGCACGUGAGUGUUUAUCAGUCACACUAGAAAAGCUUAAAAUAAUUUCCCUAAAUCUGCUUACGUAUUCAUUCAUGUUUUGAAUUUCAAAAUGAACUUGCCAAGAAUCAAAUAUAUGGGUGCAUAGAAAUUAUACUCUCAUUGCAGUGUUUAAAACGUUUGGAAAGUUUUUGUUAUAUUUCUCUGAUAACAAUUAAUGUGGUUUGGAUAUUGACAUGAACACCAAAAACAAAUAUAUAUGAAUAGAUGUUGAUGUUGAUAUGUGUAUGCCUCAUUAGAUCAGUCUUGUCUGUGUGUAUUUUUUAUUAUUAUUAUCAUUAUUAUUAUUAUUAUAUUAUUAUUAUUAUUAUUAUUAUGAUUCUAGUAUGUAUGAAUUAUACUUAUCAAAGAAAUGCUUAAUGUAAAAGUAAUGUAACAGAUUGCACUUGAAAGCCUCAGACUUUUUGUAUGUUUCUUUCCCCAAGUUCAUCUUCAAACAUUCUUGGGUCACUGAUCAAUAUAUAUACUUAAAAUGAGCAUUAGACAUAUUUCCUUCAUUAACUGCAGGCUGAAUUCAGUGACUGAGGCCAGUUUUCCAGACAGUUUGAAGUUUUAAUGUAGUAUUUUCUAUUUAUAUUGCAUUUGGAGUGGAUUUUUUCAUUUUUCCUUCUCCCUUUAUCUUUCCUUCUUUCUUUCAUUUUUUCUUUUCUGCAUUCGCAACUGCUGUAAUGAUAAGUUGCAUUCAUUAUUAUACAUUUAUGAAGAAUGUUUUCUUGUAUCCUUUCCUUGGAUCAUAUGUUGUACUAAAAUGUAAUGAUUACUGCAUUUAUAAAAUUAGAAAUUCUAAUCAGCACAGGCUUUCCAAAGAGGCAUUGAUACACUGAAUGUUCAUAAUCAUUCCUAUCUGGUGCAUGCAUUACUCUUUUUGUUAAAGUGGAAAUGUCAGUAACUUCAGGUAGGAUGAAAGGAUGAUAUUACAUACAGCUGCUAGAUGUAGUGUGAUGGUAUGGUACUUUAAAAGUAUUAAUAGUUCAUUGUAAAAUUUGAUAUUGUUAAGCUUUCAACCAAAGGGGUAUACUGGCUUAUCAUUUCAUAAGGAAAAUAAUUGAUUAAAUUGUUUAUAGGAGCUAAUUAAAAUGAAAGGACCUUGAGUAUUAUUUGAGUAAGGGGAAUAUACAGUAGUAGAUAUAUAAAUGAAAACAUAUAGGUAUACACAUGCACACUCACAACCUUAUACUCCACCCCACACCACACACACACAUGCGCAUAUUUAUCACAAUCAAUUUAACACACAAAAAAUUGAACUCCUGGUUAGGGUCACCAGAGGGUUCCUAAAUGCUUGUAUUGGUUGAUGUUUAUUUUAAUUGGAUAUGUAUGAUAUUAAUGUGGAAAUGAUCAAGUGUUGACAAUAGUCUUUAUUAUUGGUGAUACUGUGGCAGAUUAAUCAAAGUGGCCCAUAAAGACUGACUGUCAUACAAAGGCAGAGAGAGACAGAGCUUAAAGCAAAUAAAGUCAGGAACAAUGCACUGGAGAUAAAAAAGUGUAAUGAAAUGUUUUGGUGUAUACAGAACAUUUUCUGGCUGCCAUGCCUUUCUUCUAAUGUGUUCUUUUAUAUAACAGUAUUGUAUUAAGUAUUUUGAAUUCAGAUUUUUCAAAGGUAAAAAGAUGGAAUAAGUAAAGUAAGUAUAUUUUCAUUUUUAAGAAUGGGCAUGAGAGAACUUGAUAACAGGUGUUUUUCAAUUUACCUUGAAAUUUUGACCAUGACAUUCUAAGAUUUAAGGAACAACUAGUAGACCUGUUUGAUCCCUUCUCAGUGGUAGGGAGAUGGAUUCAUGGUUUGAGGCCAAGAUAUAUGUAUGUAUGUAUAUAUGUAU